AUGGCUCCACGGAUCAUUGUUGUCGGUGCCGGCUUGUCCGGGUUGAGCGCUGCUCACAGCAUAUACCUUGCUGGCGGCAACGUGCUCCUCCUCGACAAGAACAACUUCAUGGGCGGCAACUCCACCAAGGCGACCUCGGGUAUCAACGGCGCCCUCACCCGGACCCAAGUCGACCACAAGAUUGCCGACAGCGUCAAGCAGUUCUACGACGACACGCUCAAGUCCGCGCGUGACAAGGCCCGCCCGGAUCUGAUCAAGGUCCUCACAUACAAGUCCGCCGCCGCCGUCGAGUGGCUGCAGGAUGUCUUCAACCUGGAUUUGACCCUCGUCUCGCGGUUAGGUGGCCACUCCCAGCCCCGAACCCACCGUGGCCAUGAUGCCAAGUUCCCCGGCAUGGCCAUCACAUACGCCCUGAUGCAGCGGUUCGAGGAGCUCGCCGAGCUCGAGCCGGAGCGUGUCCAGCUCAUCAAGAAGGCCAAGGUCGUCAAGGUCAACAAGGAAGGCAACUCCGCCACCGGCGUCACGUACCUCUUCAACGGCGAGGAGACUUUCGUGGACGGCCCGGUGAUCUUGGCGACCGGUGGCUACGCUGCCGACUUCACGGACUCGUCGCUCCUUAAGAAGCACAGGCCCGACACCUUCGGCCUGGCGACUACGAACGGCGCACACGCUACUGGUGAUGGUCACAAGAUGCUGAUGGCUAUCGGCGCUAACGGUAUUGAUAUGGACAAGGUUCAGGUUCACCCGACGGGUCUGAUAGACCCCAAGGACCCUGGCUCGAAGUGGAAGUUCUUGGCCGCAGAAGCCCUCCGCGGCGAAGGUGGUCUCCUCCUCAACUCCAAAGGCCAGCGCUUCUCUGACGAGCUCGGCCACCGCGACUACGUCUCCGGCAAGAUGUGGGAAGAGAAAGAAAAGGGCCAAUGGCCAAUCCGGCUUGUCCUUAACUCCAAAGCCUCCAACGUGCUCGACUUCCACACACGGCACUACUCCGGACGGGGUCUCAUGAAGAAGAUGAGCGGCGCCGAGCUCGCCAAAGAAAUCGGCUGCGGCGAAGACGCCCUCCAAGCAACCUUCAAGACCUACAACGCGAUCGCAGACGGCAAGGAGAAAGACCCCUAUGGCAAGAAGUUCUUCCACAACCUCCCCUUCGACGUCAACGACACCUUCCACGUCGCGCUCAUGGAGCCCGUGCUGCACUUCACGAUGGGCGGCAUCGAGAUCAACGCGGAAGCGCAGUGUCUCAACACCGAGGGCAAGCCCUUCGACGGCCUCUUCGUGUGCGGCGAGCUGGCCGGCGGCGUCCAUGGUGCCAACCGUCUCGGCGGCUCGUCCCUGCUCGGCUGCGUCGUUUAUGGCCGUGUGGCCGGCGAGAGCGCGAGCAAGUACCUCUUCCAGAAGGUGCUGAAUGCCGGCGUCUCAUCCGCUGCGCAGCGUCUCGGCCAGAUCAGCCUGCACAUCGACCCCAGCCAGCCGGGCAAGGUGUCCGUGGAGUGGGGCUCCGGGGCCAGCGCCUCGGCAUCCGGCUCCGCAGGCGACAGCACCGAGGACAAGAUCGCGCAGCAGAAGCAAGCCUCGGCCGCGCCCGUGCUCAAGGGCUCCGCGGCCGACAGCAAGGAUCCCGGCAAGGUCUCCCAGCCGAGCAAGGUAUCCGAGUUCAGCGUGCCGGAGAAGGAGUUCAGCCUCGAGGAGGUGGCGAAGCACAACAAGAGGGAUGAUAUGUGGAUCGCGGUCAAGGGCGUUGUGUUGGAUUUGACGAACUGGGUCGAUGAGCACCCCGGUGGGCCGCAGGCGCUGUAUAGCCAUAUGGGCAAGGAUGCGAGCGAGGAGUUUGAGAUGCUGCAUGAUGAUGAGGUUAUUCCGAAGUAUGCCCCGGAGAUUGCGAUUGGGAGGGUCAAGGGGCAGAAGGUCACGUUGGAGUAUUAG